AUGUCUAUACAGUUUAUAUUAGUACUCAACCGUCAAGGUAAAUCCCGAUUAGUCAAAUGGUUUGAUAAUUCAUACACACCCGCCCAAAAACAACAAAAUAUAACCGAUAUUCAUCGAUUGAUAUCAUCAAGAGAUUCAAAACAUCAAUCCAAUUUCGUGCUUUUCCAAAAUCAUAAACUAUGUUAUAGAAGAUACGCUGGGCUAUAUUUCAUAAUAUCUAUAGAUUUACAAGAUAACGAAUUAUCGUAUUUAGAGAGUUUACAUUUUUUUGUUGAAAUUUUGGAUGUUUAUUUUAAUAAUGUUUGUGAAGUUGAUUUAGUUUUCAACUUUUAUAAAUUGUAUUUUAUAUUGGAUGAAGUUUAUCUUGGUGGGGAGAUUCAAGAUAUACUGAAGCAAAAGAUAUUGGAUCGAUUGCUGUACUUGGACUCAAUGGAUUAG